CCACUGCAGCAGAGUUUCCAUUCCAACGAACAUUCCAAUUUUGUUUUUUGAGUGAAUAAGGAAAACUUCUAUUUCCUCACUGAGAGGUAACUUCUUUCAGUUUGUCUGGUGAGCUGACAUCUCAGAGUGUCUGGUUUUCACUGGCUCCACUGAACUGAUCAUGGGUGUCAAUAGGACUGCAAAUUGUUCAACGAGUUACUCGUUACCUGACAGAUUUCUUGAAGGUGUCAUCCUGUCCUUCUCAUUGUCUGUCGUGAUCGGGAUUGUCAUCGGGGCAUUCUUCUGGAUUGCCAUCACCUGCCUGGCCCGCAGGAAGCAGGCCAGCGCUUCCAUCUCCUCAUCCAGCAGCCAGCGCAACCGAUCCUCAUCCCACAACGUCAUGCUGACCAGGACCGGCUUCUACCGCAGCAACAGCUAUGACAGGCACAGUGACAAUAACCUAGCCUUAGCCAAUACACUGGCCUUCCAACGGCAAGCCUCCCAAGACCAGGCUGACACCUACGAGAGGAAGUCCACUUUCCGAGCCUCCACCUUCCACCCUUUUGCUGAAAUGCCCUUGGCAGACGGGCUGGACAGAAUGCAGUCCUCCUCUGGCUUGCUUGGCACUGACACCUCAUCCACACUCAACUGCAGCCUGGGCUACCAGGAGCAGCACUGGUCAGAGGCCCGACACUACGAUUGUCACUCAUCCCAGACCCCACCUCCUGCAUACGAUUUUGUGGUGGAACCCAGUAAAGAGUCUCUACCAUGAUGCUCCGCCUCUACAUUUGAGGCUUGAUGGAUUCUCAAUGUUUGUAAUUUAAUACGUCUAUAUUGGGAGGGAUUGGUUGGUGCCUUUACAAACUGUGCAAAAGCACACAAUGCAACAUGGAAAUCCUCGAGGCAGGGCAUAUAGAGAGAAACUGUUCCCACGGCAUGAAGGGUCAAGAAUCAGAAGUGCACAGAUGAUUGGCAAAAGCAAUAUUGACAAUACAAAAAAAGUUUUUCCGAUGAAGUGAUCAGAGAUGCACAGUUUGAAAGGAUGACUGAGGCUUUCAGAACCUAAACUUUCAAAAGAGGAGUUGGUCAAAGAGAAAAUAUUUACAGAGCUAGGGGCAAAGGGCAGAGAAGUGGAACCAUCUAAGUUGCUUUUGCAGAGAACCAGUAUAGACUCAUUGGGCUGAAUGACCUCCUUCUAUACUGUAACCAUUCAAUAAUUCUGUGCCAAGUAUUGUAAAAAUUAAGUGAUUCUAAUAGUUGCAGUGACGAGAAAAGCUCGCUUUCAUAGAGCAUCUGCCCCUAUCUCUGUAUGAGCCAAAGUAUCCCACAUUAAAUGAAGUGUGUUUCUCAAAGUGUAGUUAAUGCUAUAUUGUGAAAAACACAGCAGCUAAUCUACACACAGCAAGUUCCCACAAACAACAGUAGAAUAAUGAUCAAAGAAUCUUGUUUAGUAAGCUGACUAAGGCAAAAAUAUUGAGCAGGAUGUUAUGGAGAGAUUCGUUGCUCUUCUUCCUAUAUUGCCACAGGAUCCUUUGUGCCCAGCUCAUAUUUUCAUCUGAACAACCUCCCUCCUGCAGAGGAGCACUCCUUCAAUACCAAUGCUCCUUCUAAUUUUAUUCCUUGCACACAGUCUGGUGAUUACAUUGCCUGGUACAUUUCUGAGCUCUGUGAAGCUGUGAACCCAUGCAGCUUGGAAUAAACAUUACCCAGGACUGCACAGAAUAUCAGAUAAAAUACUGAGUAUCCAAAAAAAAUCAAGUGGCACUAUGGAUGAUGUCAUAAUUAAAAGUAAUCUGAAUCAAAAUCCACUGAAUGAAGUCUCUCUCUGCUGGCUGUAAGAUUCUGAGAGUAGAUUCCAUCUCAUUUCCAACCAACCUGAGUUUGGAGCCUUAUGCUCUCAUACUGCUCUCUAGAUGUAGCCAUGAAUUAGGUAAAAAGGAGAAAUCAUUUCAAUACUACAAUGAAGAACUUCUUUCUAAACUUUGAAGUUAAAGCAUAUUGUUUGGCAGCCUACUUUGCAUCUGACUCUGAAUGAAGUAGAAUCACAGCUGUACAGCACGGAAACAGACACUUCAGUCCAACUUGUCCAUGCCGACCAGAUGUCCUUCAUUGAUCUAGUCCUAUUCGCCAGCAUUUGGCCCAUGUCCCUCUAAAUCCUUCCUAUUCAUCCAGAUGUCUUUUAAAUGUUGUAACUGUACCAGCCUCCACUACUUCAUCUGGCAGUUUGUUCCAUACAUGCACCACCCGCUGCGAGAAAAAAGCGCCCCUUGCAUUCCUUUUAAAUCUUCCCAUCUCACCUUAAAGCUAUACCUUCAAGCUUUGGAUUCCCCCAUCCUGCAAAAAAGACCAUGGCUAUUCACCCUAUCCAUGCCCCUCAUGAUUUCAUAGACUUUUAGAAGGUCAUUCCUCAGCGUCCGACACUCCAGGGAAAAUAGCCCCAGCCUAUUCAGCCUCUCCCUAAUAGCUCAAACCUCCAACUCUGGCAGCAUCCUUGUAAAUAAUUUCUGCACCUUUUUGAGUUUAACAACAUCUUUCCUAUAGCAGGGAGACCAGAACUGAAUGCAGUAUUCCAAAAAUGGCCUAAUCAAUGUCCUGCACAGCCGCAACAUGCAUCCCAACUCUUAAACUCAAUGCACUGACCAAUGAAGGCAAAAGUGCCAAACACCACCUGCGACUCCACUUUCAAAGAACUGUGCACUUGCACCCAUAGGUCUUUUUGCUCAGCAAUACUGCCCAGGAUCCUACCAUUAAGUAUAUAUGUCCUGCCCUGAUUAGUGGGUACCUGAAGACAAGAUUGCUCUAUGAAUGAGCUAGUAUUGACAAACUGAACCGAACGGCCUCCUCCUGUGCUGUCAUCAUUCCACAAUACACCUGACCUAGCAGUAUUCAAGAGAAGGAGCAUUUGAGUGACAUCUAAACCAUGACAGGCCUAAGGCUGAGCACAUUCUGCAUGGUAAUAUGGAAAAAGUCUUACUCUGCAUGGAACUGAAACCUCAGUAUAGUUGAUCAGUAUAAAUGGGCAAAGAGGUAAUACAGAUGGAGUUUUACUCUGUAUUCAACUUACGACAAUUUGAAAUGGGCAUUGUGAAAAAAUACCUUUACCCACUGCACGAACUCUCAAAACCCAACUCUGAAUCAGAGAGAAUGUUAGAAUGUCAGAGUUUUGUCGGCAUUUGCUCAAGUCUCUUCAACAGAUCAGGAGCAGUGCGAUUUUUCUCCUGACCGAUCUACUCUGGACAUAAUCAUUCCCCUGUGCCAGCCAAAAGACAAGUGCAGGGAACAGAAUAUACUUCUUUACAUACUUUCACAGAUCUCACUAAGGAAAUUGACAUUAUCCACAGGUUGGGACUCUGCAUGAUUUUGGGAAAAAUUGACUGUUCACCAAAACACCUCGGUCCCAUCCGCGCUCUCCAUGACAUAAUAUACAAUUAGAUCCUUCCACUUCCAGUAGUGUCAGAGUGAAGAAUGGAGCGAUGCAGGCCUACUGUCCAUCACUUUCUUCUCCCAGCGCCUGAUUUUUUCUGCCCUUCAGAUGCCAGGUCAGAGGACAAACUCUAUGGUCUUUUCAGACUGAAAGCAAAUACAAAAACAUGUUAUAUGGAUCAAAGAUCUCGUCUAUACUGAUGAUACCACACCAGCCACAUGAAAACUCAACGGCAAAUACUCAUAGGCUGUCUUUCCCAUUUUGAAAAUUGUUCUCCAUAAGUUUAAACAUUCAUGGGACAGAUGUUGCAUCGUUAACCCUUAUUACACCAAAUAAAACUCCAAUGGAAGUGGCGAGCAUAUAUUGCUACAGCAAAUCUACAAUGACACGCAGUCUAUUCCUUGGUGCAGGAUAUGAGACAUACAUUGGGAAAGCAGCUUCAGCCUUUGGACCACUCAAACCAAAGCACAUGGGAUAACAUCAUGUUAACUCUUAAGACUUUAAGCUGAUGGUUUAUGAAGCUUGGACUCUCAGCACCUUGCUGCAAUUGGAUAUUUGCAGAUUUCGGUUUCCAUUUUUGUUGUCUGCAACAUCUAAUGGGCAUAUUCUGGCAGGGCAAGUCACAAAUAUGGCAGUCCUCAAGACAGAGCUUACAAGUUUGCUAACGCUCAUCAAGCAGAGAUAGCCUUGUCAGUUCAGACCCAUUCACAGGCUGGAAGACAAUUGCAUACCCAAGGACCUUUGGUAAGGAGAAAGAACUGGAACUAGGCAAUCAGUCAGAGCCAGCAUUCGGUCAGACAAACAAAGUUCUGCUUCAAGGGUGUUUUCAUGUGCAAUAUGAAAACUCUGGACGUCAUCACAUCUGGAGAUCACUAAUCAAGCUUGGAGGAAAAUGGUGACACCUCAUAUGGACUUGCAUGUACAACCUUCAUGACCCAGUGAUUACAACCUGGGAAAAGACUUGCAAUAUUUGAAGGCCAUGUGGAAAAGAUAAAGAUACCACAAUCCCAAUCCUGAGAGGGUCACCACACCACAGAUGAGGCAGAAGGUUGGGUGGGAAUUGAACCCAUGCUUUUGGCAUCUCUCUGCAUUAUAAACUGGCCAGGCAAAAGUGAGGACUGUUUUGCUGGAAACCAGAGUUUAGUUCAGAGCGGUGCUGGAAAAGCACAGCAGGUCAGGCAGCAACUAAGGAGCAGGAAAAUCGAUAUUUCAGGCAAAAGCCCUUCAUCGGGAAUAGAGGCAGGGAGCCUUCAGGUGGAGAGUCAAAUGGUGGUGGUGGGGAGGGGGGGGUGGGGAGAAGGUAGCAAGGUGUACAAUAGGUGAAUGGGGGUCGGGAUGGAGGUGAUAGGUCAAAGAGGACGGUGGAGGAAGGUAGCAAAGAAUAAGAGUUUCAGGGCAGAGGAGAUGACCUGGGGGUUGCAGCGAGAGAGAGAGACUCACUGAGAUUCUUGUGGAGAGACGAGGAGAACUUCUUCAAGGGAGGCAUCCUUGCAAAAGGAUUCGCAGUAAGGUUAAAAUCAACUAGGCAAAACUGGCCAUCCAUUCCAACUGAGCAACCCAAAGUUUAACGUGGGGCACUUGUGACACACAAGAGGUGCAACAUAUGAAGACAAACCCAUCUGAAAUGGACGGUUUGCUGCAUGUCCACCACCCAUCGAGGAUGAACGGUCACCAGAUUGUAGAAUAGUUGGUUGUCUUAAAGACCUCAGUUCAAACUCACUCAUUUAUGCUCAGCUGAGCAGUAAAUUGCACAAUCACUGUACUCCUGAAAGGGACCUGCAUUUAUUAAGAGAAACCCUGCAUUUCUAUAGCAUUUUUCAACAUCUCAGGAUAACUUCUGUAAAAAAUUAUAUACUUAUUAAUUUGCAUAAAUGCUUUAAAGUAAUUUUUAAUCACUGUUGUGGUGGUGGAAAUGCAGAUCCAAUUUACACACAGCAAGUUUCCUCGAACACCAAUGUGACAAUGAUCAAUAAUCUGCAUUUUGCGUGUGUGUAUGAUGUAGCAUGUAGGAAAAAUGUUGGCCCAGAAGCCUUAAGGUAAAGAUUUAUAGUGUUUUUCAAAAUAUUUUACAUUUACCUGAGAUGGGGAUGAGGUCUUACAUUAAAGCCCUAUCCAAACAGAAAAGCAUUUCUGACAGUGCAACUUUCUUUCAGAAAUGCUGUGAAACUGAUUUCAGAGAAGUCAGUAAGACAAUUGGUCUCCUUCAACUUAUUUCUCAUUAUGAACAAGAGAAGAUGGUCCCACUUCAUGUUGGAGAUCCAGAGCACUAGAUUUGUAAUUUUCAGAAGCAAUGCACCACCAAUUUGCAAUUGGGUCUUCGUGGUUGUGAAUAACAUCUUGAAAUCAUGACAUGCUGCAAAGACAGGCAAGCAUUCAUGUAAAUACCUGGCAUUUUGGAGAAUGUCCAUCUGAACUUAGUUCAGGAUUUACUCUACAUAAGACUUUCUUUUGUAUCAAAUUCUUGUGCAAUAUUUUCAAACAAGCAUUAGCCUGUUUAUUUUAAUAGGUUUAAGGAAAUGACCAACUUUGAUAAACCACCAGGUAAAGAGAAACCAAUACAAAUACAUUCAGCGUCUGUAUUAUUAUGUAGUGCGAAUGGGUGAAAAUAUCAAUUGCUGUUUGUCACGAAGCCUGAAAUUAUUACUGUCCCUUCUUACUAUGCUCUAAUAUGCUGACAAGACCUGCACAUGGCAGAGUGUUCUCAAUUCAUUGUUAGCCAUAACCUACAAAAUAAACACUUUUAAUUGUUCCUUUUUUAAAUUAAGGCCUUAAUACAUUUUGUUUCAAAUGAAUUGAAUUUUGAGGAAUUUUCUUUUUGUUCUCUGACUAUUGUAAGCAAUGUUGCAUUUGUUCUAC